UAACGGUUGAGAAAAUGAAAAUCAUGAUGAAGAUAGGCCAUCUUAGGAUCAAGAUGCAGUACGAGAAGGCCAAGGUAAGGCAGGCUAGGAAGGAGCUUCCCCUAGGUGGUAUAUCUACUCCUCUAUGGAAAUUUGAAACACGAGUAUGUCAGCUGCUCCGGAUAAAAACACAUCUGGCGUCGUCUAUUUUCUCGACGGGGCAUCGACACCGGCUAGUGUUAUUCGCAGGGGAAACGUCGGGACCCGGCGGGGUGUUGAAGGUUACGAUGUUGGCGAGUUUGGCGUGCACUUGGAUCCAGUCGAACUUGAUAAAGGAGAUAGCACAGGAAGGGACUCUAAACACGACAUACACAAGGCGAGCACGGCAAGAACUGAAAGGACAACGAACAAGAAAAAAUCAUUGAUUUUACACAACAUACGAAAAAUGCAGGCCCCUCCCACCCUCGCAAGAGAAGGAUUCAUACUGCUUCAAGAUUUCCAAAAGCGAGGUGGUGCUCAAGAAAAUACAAACCGGCAAGAAGACGCGCGUCCGAUCGAUUUCUUGGAUCAAGCGGACGUGGUGCGGCGAUUUUAUCCUCAGGUAGGACGCGUAAUCCGAAAAGCAACUGGAGCUUCGCAAGUCUACCCAUUCGACCAUAAUCUCCGCUUCUCGACUUCCUCGUCGUCGUCAUCAUCGGCGUCCACCACGACUACAACCACUGAUCAAGCAGGAACUUCUGCUGCUUCAAUUUCGAUGAAAGACAAGAUCCGAAAUACGGAAUCAGGCGCAGAGGUUCAGAAUCCGAUAUCGCGUGUUCACACUGACUAUAGCGUCUGUUCCGCUGCUCGACGCUUGUUGGACCUGACGCAGCCGGCAAAGAUGAACGACACAAUACGCGAAUUCCUUCCGCCGGGGCAGAAAUGUGUCAUCGAUCCGGGUAGGGUCUUUCAACAAGAGCAUCGAACCAACAUGGAAGAGUCAGACAAUCAAAAUGCCAACGAGAUCGUCGAUGUCGGAGGGGAUUUUGAAAGAAAAGAUUAUGAGCAGGAGGGCACACGGGAUGAACAUGAAGAGACCCAACUUUCAGUGACGAAACGGCGGAGAACGAGCACAAGCACGGACCAGGAAGAGCAAAUUCCAAAUUUAAAAUCUAACCAUCUUCCGAAAAGAUUCGCCAUUUUCAACCUCUGGAAGUCCAUUGAUUCUGGUGGAAUGGUGGAGACGAAUCCUCUAGGUCUCAUUUCUGCGAACUCAUUCGGAUUGGAGGAUCUGGUUGUCUAUGAAAUCCAAUACAAGGACCGCGUCGGAGAGAAUUGGUUCGUCCGGACAAGAAAGGACUACGACGUAGAUGUAGGUCAUGUUGUUCCCUCCCCGACUCCGAGCGAUAAGAGUCCUGAAACUGAACAGGAGCUCGAUAUUCUUUCAUCUCAUAUCAGCGAGAAGAAGAUGAAGACCGAUCAUUUCCUCUUUUCACCAACCAGAUGGUACUACGCUCCGUUCAUGACAUAUGACGAGUGUCUCCUCUUCAAACAAUGGGAUAGCUAUGGGGAAAUAGCACAAUCGGCGACGCAAAAAGUUUUGGAUCUUGUCCAACAUAAGCGAAAUCUCGAUAAGGACCCCUCAGCUGGAGAUGUUGAAAGUAGUGGACAGAGUACUAGGGAUGAGGGUUUCGAAAAAGCUUUAUCGGCGCUUACAGCAACGCAACAGUUUCGGCCUUCAAAAGUGGAGAAGGAUCAGGAUGGCGUAGCUGCUACGUUUUUAUGUGGAAGACCUAGACGCGAUGACAACCAAGUGGACGCGUUUAUUGGACCCCCUGGGUGCAGUGACUUUGUGCCGCACUCAGCGAUUGUAAUGGAUGAGAAAGCCUCUCCAAGACCUCGAAAAAGCAUUGAAGUGCGCUGUUUUGCAUUUUUCGAUUAGUUCGAUUGAUUUCCAUUUUCACUUUGCACAAGAUACUCUAAUUACUUAAGUAGUCGGUGUGAUGAUCUUUGAAUAGUCUGAGUUUUAUGCUUGGAAUUGAAUUUCCUUUAGAACAAGUUUAUUCUUGUAGGAGUGGAAUGGAAAAAGCAGGGGUUCGGUUCUCGGAACUCAUUUGUUGGCGCAUGCAGGAAAAUAUGUGAAGCAGCAAGGUAGGAGCCGCUGAAGAGAAAUCUAGUAGAAACCUGGACGCAGCUUGACCUUUUUAUUUUACCUACAAGGUACUUGGGCAGUGCGUUAUAUAUAUUUAUAUGUUCUUUUAGGGCUGCACGGUCCCACCCCCUGUGGUAUGGUCUGUGGUGGCGCUCGCGCGCUCUUUUCCGCGCUGAUAUUCGCGGAUUCUCGUGCUGGAAGGCGUCAAAACUGGCCGCGGGCGUCCCCUUGCGCCUCUCUGCAUGUUCCUCAGGUACCUCCUGGCCUCUGCUGACCCUCGCAGGGUGGAGGUCUUCGGGGUAAAUGGCCGCCGAAGGCGGCGACCGCCUCAAGAGCAAGCAAGCCGAUGACCAAGGGC